CCGGUCAGUAGCGGUCACGCGGAUCUCUCGGUGGCGUUUGUUCGUUUCGCUUGAUCGUGAAUUUACAUACCACCCUUCCCACCUGCUUGAGAAGGUUCUCCCAGUUAGUCCGCUAGCAAAAGCAUAAAUUAGGCGAACAAUAUGGCAGCCAAAAUCAAAGCCGGCCCAGUGGUGGACGUUCUCGGAGAUGAAAUGACGCGCAUCAUCUGGGACUCGAUCAAGGAUAAGCUGAUCCUGCCGUUCCUGGACAUCGAGCUGCACACGUACGAUCUUGGUAUCGAGCACCGCGAUGCCACCAACGACCAGGUGACGGUGGAUUGCGCCGAAGCGAUCAAGCGCUACAACGUGGGCAUCAAGUGUGCCACCAUCACGCCCGACGAGGCACGCGUGGAGGAGUUCAAGCUGAAGCAAAUGUGGCGUUCACCGAACGGCACGAUCCGUAACAUCCUCGGUGGAACCGUGUUCCGAGAGGCGAUCAUUUGCAGCAAUGUCCCGCGGCUGGUCCCUGGCUGGGAGAAGCCCAUCAUCAUCGGACGUCACGCGCACGGUGAUCAGUACAAGGCGACGGACUUUAUCGUGCCGGUACCGGGCAAGCUUGAGAUGAAGUUUACGCCCGCUGAUGGCAGUGCACCACAGACGUACGUCGUGAACGAGUACAAGAGCCCAGGUGUGGCGAUGGGCAUGUACAAUUUGGACGAUUCUAUCCGCGACUUUGCCCACUCAUCGUUCAAGGUGGCUCUGGACCGGAAGUUCCCACUCUACCUCAGCACCAAGAACACGAUCCUGAAGAAGUACGACGGUCGGUUCAAGGAUCUGUUCCAGGAGAUCUACGAGAAGGACUACAAGAAGCAGUUUGAUGCCCUCGGCAUCUGGUAUGAGCAUCGGCUCAUCGAUGAUAUGGUUGCCUACUGUAUGAAGGCCGAGGGUGGCUUUGUGUGGGCCUGCAAGAACUACGACGGUGAUGUCCAAUCAGAUACGGUGGCACAGGGUUUCGGAUCUCUCGGUCUCAUGACGUCGGUGCUAGUGUGUCCCGAUGGACGCACGGUUGAAUCCGAAGCUGCCCACGGUACCGUCACGCGGCACUACCGACAGCAUCAGCAGGGCAAGGAAACCUCUACCAACCCGAUCGCUUCGAUCUUCGCCUGGACACGUGGUCUGUUGCACCGCGCCAAGCUGGACGAUAACGCGGAGCUGAAGCGAUUCGCCGAGACGCUCGAGAAGGUGUGCAUCGACACGAUUGAGUCGGGAUUCAUGACCAAAGAUUUGGCCAUCUGCGUCAAGGGCAUGGCCAACGUGAAGCGCACAGACUACAUGGAAACGUUCGAGUUCAUGAACAAGCUGGGUGAAAAUCUGCAGGUCGCCCUCACUCAGAGCCGUCUGUAAGGAAAGGGGUGUUGCAAUAUGGUUCGGCAGUUGCCACCCACGGGUGCAUUUACGCUUUGCAACGUUUUCGGUGCAUUCAUUCAUCCCGUCGAUUAAUUAAUUUCGUAUUCGCGUAUAAGCAAUGGAGAGGUCAUUUUUGUUGGUGAA